AUGUUCAAUCAGCAAAGCAAGGACAAGUAUAGCAAUUGGGGUGCUUCAUCCUCGUUUGGUGCGAGGGGUAAUGGAAUGAGCAAGCCACCUACAAUAUCGAAACCAGGAGCUGGAAAUUUCUUUCCCUACAAAGAAUCAAGCACUGAUUCUAGGGGUGAGAAAUUGACACUGGGCAAGAGCUUCAAUCUCUUUGGUAACUCUUCAGAUCAGAAAAAGCCGGAUUUGUGGAGUCAAGUUCUGAUGAAGGAAUCGUUGUUUUAUCCACUUGGUAAAAGUCAGACACUGACCACGAAUGAGGAUAUUAUUUUUGGAUUACCUGGUGGCACACGAAUUCAUGAAUCAAAUGAUUUAAAUGAUAAGCAAAACUUUUCUGGAAGUAAACCACCGCCAAGGAACCUAACCGUUCAUAAAGGCAACGGCAUACCAAAUUUUCCAGUGGAAGGAAGCAACCAAUCAUCACUGACCUCGAUUAUAAUACCAUAUAACAACAAUAAUAAUUCAGCUCCACCCAGAUCGAGACUCGGAAAGCUUUUCAGUUACUUCAAGAGAGACGCAAAGGAGAAAAGCAAAGCACAUACAGUCUUCAAGGCACUGCAUGUUACACCUAAUACGUUGGCCAACCCUUCCUACAAAGCUAUUGACACCAGACGAAUUGGAAGCAUGAGAAGGCUCGUCCUCAAAACAAAACCAGUAAAGUUUCAUCUGAUUGAUGUGAAUAAGGUGUUGGGCUCAAAGAGGGGGGUGGAUGUCUCGACAAAUAUAUCAGCAAACAAAUUAUUAGCCCCCGAGCUCAACAACGAGAACGCUAUUGACGAGGUAGAGGAAGAGGUGGAAUACAGACCUUUUACAGCGGAUGUUACCGAAAAGAAUGCAAACUCUGGUGCAGGAGCCAACUCCUCGGCAGAAGAAAAGCAAGACAAGAGUGAGACUACUGUAAAGCAGUAUAACGGAUAUUGGACGUAUCCUUCCGUUGACGAACUUUCGCAAAUGGAUUCUUCCAAUCUAGAGAAUGUACAAGAUUUCAUUAUCGGAAGAGUUGGAUAUGGCCAAAUUGCAUACGACUAUCCUGUUGAUUUAACAAAUAUAGUUUCCAAUGCUGAUGGAAAUGGAACUCUGAUUGCUGAAGAGCUUUUUGAUAACAUUGUCACUAUAAAACAAUCGGCAGUAUUGGUUUACAAGGAUAAUGAAGAGAAGCCUCCUUUGGGCAAUGAGUUGAAUGUACCUGCUACAAUCACUCUCGAAGGUAUCAAGCCAAAACCAAACGUGUCCAUGAAAGAUCACAUCAACUACUUAAAAUCCCAGAUUGGGAUGGAGUUUGUGACCUAUGACCCAAUAACAUAUGUGUGGGUGUUUAAAGUGAAGCAUUUCAGUGUUUGGGGUUUGAUUGAUGAGGACGAUCACAAUCAAAAAGACUUGGUGCGAUUGAAAAGGAAACAGGAUUUGAAAGAAGCUGAAGCACUGGCUGAAUAUUCGAAGGUGUACUCAAACACCUGUCUUGAUCAGGAAGUGAAGAAGCAAAAGUUGAAUGAAUACUCCAAAGGUGUCCCUGGCGGUUGGGGCUCGGCUUUUCAACUGGAAGACAGUUUGUUGAACUUGAAACGUUCUUAUGUUACUGAUGAAAUUGCUGAAGUUUUGAAUCGGUAUAGGGAUGUCGAAGAUGACAACAUUGUCAAUGAAGUUGGCGGUAUUACUAUAGAUUCCGAAACGGAAGGGGUGGAAGAGAUUGACGAUAUCAAGGUAAAUGCUUAUGAGCCCGUUAUUACUGAUGUCUCUGUUUUUGAUCAAAUUAGAAACAAGUCCACUUUCCCAACUACUGAUAACUGGUUGUUGCAAUUGGAAUUGGCAAAUCAGUAUAACUCUGCGAUGGCACCGAUGGCUCCUGAGCGGGAUUUCCCAAAAGGUGAAUUGAAUAUCAGUAAAGUCGACGAAAUCCUUUUUGCAAGUGCGAAGAGGGGCAAAAACCGUGGUCUAAAUGGCUCUAAAAAGACAAAAAUUCCGUUGAAGGAUGUUUCUGAAAGUGAAAUCAAGUUUGUCGUUGAUAGGUUGAUCCGAAAUUGUGAAUUCACGAAGCUGUCUAAUUUGAUGCCACUGCUUGAACCUAGAGGAUUAACUUUUGCCACUUUUUUUGACAAAUCAGAGAAUUCUGUACUUAAUUUGCAGAUUGAAUUGGCGUCAAUCUUGUUAGACAGCAGUGAUGACGUGGACUCCAAAAAGCUAAUCUCUUUCGGAGAAUGGCUUCAAAAAUAUAACGAGACACAGAUCAAGGAGCUACUUGAAACUCACCAAUCGGAUGAUAUGUAUUGCAUAUUCCUCCAUUUGUGUGGAAACCAGAGGGAUGAUGCUAUCAAGAGGGCAUUGGGGUCCAACAAUUUGCACCUUGCGGCUAUUCUUUCUGUGCAAGAUUCGCAAGAUGGUCUUCUCAAAGAGUUGUGUGCAGAACAGCUAGAGACAUGGCAAAAACCAAGCUGGGAAGAUUCCAUCCCAAACUACCUAUUUAAAAUUCAUCAACUUCUAAGUGGACAAAUCGCUCACAUUGAAGAGAGCUUGCCGUGGAGUGUCGUUAUGGGUAUUCACUUGUACUAUGGUAAUGUUGUGAGUGUAAAUGGUUUGAUUAAUGAACUGAUCUCCACCCUCCCCGAAGAAGACCCGACAGCAGAUUUGUUUAGAUUGUAUGUGCGUGGAGUCAACUAUACGUCUGUGCUGAGCUCCAAAGUAAGUGGUGUAUUGAAGUGGCUUCUUUGCCUCGUGUUGGGCGAUUUAAGCGAUGAUGGGUUAUCUGUUGGGCUUGGGGAUUCAUUAGAGAAUGCAGGUUUGUGGAAAGAAGCCUUGGUAGUAUAUUGUUCCAUAAAGAAUGAGAAUUCAAAACUUGAGCUCAUUCGAAAUGUGAUUAUGACCAAGACUGAGGAAAAAAGCAUUGAUGAACAUGAUGAAAAGUAUUUGACGACGGUUUUAAGAAUACCAAAAUCUCAAAUCCUCGAGGCUAGGGCAUUGGAGAGACAAAGUGCAGGUGAUUACUGGAGCGAAGUGGAUGCAUUCAUGGAAGUUGGGUUAUGGAGCAAGGCGCAUGAAACCAUAGUUGUACGUCUAGGUCCACAGACUGUGAUCAAGAAUUGUGCAACGGAUACCGCUAAACUUUUGGAAAUCAUUGGUCAGUUUCCCAAACACGGGUCGAUUAUCCCAUCAUGGAACGAGGGGGCUGGAAUUUAUCAAAACUACCUUAAACUAAUCAGUAACAAUGAGGAUACGGAAGUUAUUGUUUUUUUGUUGGGGGCAUUGGCUGCUGUCAAACCACAAACAACCGAGCAGAAAUUGGCUAUCAACAUCAUAGCCAAGUUUGUUGGAGAUUUGGCUUUGGAAAAUAGACGGGUACCACAUUCACAAAUGCAGAAGUUGUUGGGCCUGCCUUUGGACGAGGUAAAUAAAGCCUACUUCAAAUUGAGACUAUCUUAG